UCUUAUGAGCCAAGUGUAACGAAUUUUUAUUUUUACGAAAUUGCUAUCUGGUCAUGGCAUCUGCUUAUUAAAGCUUUGAAGUUCUUAGCCUAUCAAAUAUUUGAGUUCCUAUGGCAUAUGUUUAUCUUAUUGCAGGCUGAAGAUGCUCCAGACGAAGACAGGGUCUACAAACGUGUGGCAGUGGUGGAAGAUUUCUUCGAUAUUAUAUAUUCUGUACAUGUUGAAAUGGAGGGACGAAGUGGAAAACAUGCGGGACAAAAACGAACCUACAAAGCGGUGAGUCGCCGUACAGUGAUGUUUGGUCCUCAUUGCUUAGUUACAUCUCAUACAUGACUG